CUUUCCUUUUUCCAAACCCGUACAAAUCAUAUACAGUCUACUCUGCAUUCUCCUCCAUUUAUAAAGAAGUUUGCUUUGUUAUCUUUCAUUGCGUCUAAUCUAAUCAUGGAGACGAAGUUGUUGAAGAUCCAUUCUCCAUCUUUUCACAGGAUUAACACUUUCAACUCCACCCAACCCGGAUGUCUAUUCCUCACCGCCGAUACCAUCAAACCAUCUAGAUUCUCUCUGCGAUGUUCAAUCCCGUCCAGACAUCGCGUUCAAUCCAAUGCAAUGGCUGUUGGUUUGCCACAAAAGGAAAGAAUUGAUGAAAGUGAAAGCUAUACUUUAAAUGGGAUUAGACACUCAUUGAUACGACAAGAGGACAGCAUCAUAUUCAGUCUCUUAGAAAGGGCUCAAUAUUGUCUUAAUCCAAACACAUAUGACCCCAAUGCUUUUCUGAUGGAUGGAUUCUAUGGGUCCUUGGUUGAGUAUAUAAUGAAAGAAACUGAGAAGCUUCAUGCUCGGGUUGGGAGAUACAAGAGUCCUGAUGAGCAUCCCUUUUUUCCACAUGACAUUCCCGACCCUAUGCUUCCACCUUUAAAGUAUCCGCAGGUACUUCAUCCAGUAGCUCAAUCCAUCAAUAUUAACAAGAAAGUAUGGGACAUGUACUUUAAUGACCUUCUUCCCAGAUUGGUUAUGGAAGGAGAUGAUGGUAACUGUGGAUCAACCGCAGUCUGCGACACAAUUUGUCUUCAGACCCUUUCCAAGAGAAUUCACUAUGGAAAAUUCGUAGCAGAGGCAAAGUUUAGAGCUUCACCCGAUGACUAUACAGCUGCAAUAAGAGCACAAGACCGAAAAUGGUUGAUGGAUUUACUUACUUAUACAAUGGUUGAAGAAGCAAUAAAGAGAAGAGUGGAGAUAAAAGCAAAAAAUUAUGGUAAAGAAGUAGGGAUUAAUGUAGGAGAUGAUGAUGAUGCAGAAAAUCCCAGUUGCAAAAUAAUGCCAAACUUGGUUGGUGAUUUAUAUGGGGAUUGGAUCAUGCCAUUGACAAAGGAAGUUCAAAUUGAGUAUUUAUUAAGACGGCUGGAUUGAUGAAAGCCAUUAUACCUGUUUGAGCUAAUACAUUAAUAACUUCUUGAAAGGGAUACUAAGUACUCCUUGUACUUCCAACUCAAAUUUGAUAGAUUUGCUUAUAGGGAACUAUGUUUGAUAUUAUUAUUAUUAUUUCUUCCAAACUCCCAUGUAAAUGAGCGCACUAUUGACGAAAUGCAACUCGUUUUCAUAUUUCAUUCGAUAUAAAUGACACAUGUUUGAUAAACAAGCCA